CGAGGAGGACUUGAAUGCAGCACGAGUUCAGGCGCAUCAGCUCAGCCAUGUCUGCUUCGCGUUUUUAGCUGUUCGGCUUUAAACUAAAUUGUUAAUCAACUACAGCCUAUUUGUCUUUUACUGUAUCAUUCCUGCACAUUUAUGCAGCAGUUGCUGUCCUGAAACAUAGAUGAAGAUGACAUCUAAACAGAAAGCUGGGAAGGUCGGCUCCAAGAGUAAGGAGGACGCUCCUUAUGAGCUGGAGAGCCAGUUUGUCCUGAGGCUUCCUUCGGAGUAUGCCUCAACGGUAAGACGGAUUGCCCAGUCUAGCAGUAUGAACAUGAAAGACAGACUCACCAUUGAAUUGCACCCUGAUGGUCGACAUGGCAUAGUGAGAGUAGACCGUGUCCCUUUGGCCUGCAAGUUGGUCGAUCUGCCCUGUAUGAUUGAGUCUCUGAAAACGGUGGACAAGAAGACAUUUUACAAGACUGCUGAUGUUUGCCAGAUGCUGGUGUGUACACUAGAUGGAGACCUUUACCCUCCUUUAGAGGAGCCAACUGGCACCGACCCAAAGAGCAAGAAGAAAGACAAAGACAAGGACAAGAAAUUCAUUUGGAACCACGGCAUUACCUGCCCUCUGAAGAACACGCGCAAGAGAAGAUUUCGGAAGACUGCGAAAAAAAAGUACAUUGAAUCUCCAGACGUGGAAAAGGAAGUGAAGAGAUUGUUGAGCACAGAUGCGGAGGCUGUCAGUGUCCGGUGGGAGAUCAUAGCAGAAGAUGAGUCCAAGGAAGCUGAUCAGCACGGCUCUCUGGCCAACCUGGACUCGUCACCGGGCACCUCAGGACAUAAGAUGGGUCACGGUUCUUCUGCCCAGCGCGACGAACUGAGGGAGAUCUUCAACGACAUCAGCAGCUCCAGCGAGGACGAGGAAGACGAAGGGGACCGGCACGAGGACGAGGACCUGAACAUCAUGGACACAGAGGAUGAUCUGGUCCGACAGCUUCAAGAAAAACUCAACGAGUCUGAUCCUGCACAGAAUGAAAGCGACAGAAACAACCAGAUAGUUAUGGAGUAUCAGGUGCAAAUCAACAGCGUCAAGGGCAAGCUUCAGGAAACCCGUGCCCGCAAGAAACAGCAGGAGGAGCUCAUCAUGAAAGUGGAAAACCAGGCCCUCAAAAACCGCUUCCAAGCUUUGUUGGACGAGAUUAUUCAGCAGGAGGAGAGAGAGAUGGAGCAGCUGGCCUCUCUGCAGGAGCAGCUGGACUCUCUGAUAGAGAAGUGACCACCAGGGGGCAGCAUCAUGUCAUCCUCAGCCACUGGUUAGCAAACGUGAGGAGGAGAAGAAGAAGAGCCAUCAUCCAGUUUCAAGUUUUUAUGAGCUGACUUGCUGUGUCAUUCCUUUUAGUUGGUCAUUUCUAUGCAUUAUUUUACAGCAUACUCAUUUCUGUAUCAAACAUCAAUCUUUUAUGAAGUGGAACACAUUUUGUUUGUUGUUAUGAUUAAAGCCUUAUGUUGGCUUCAACUGCAAACACUGUGUUGUUUUCAUUAAUAAUGUGUGAAGUUAAAUUUCAUCACCUUCAAGAAGAAUAAAUCACGAAACACAAAUGUUCAAGAAA